AUGGGCGGCGGCGGCCCGGUGCGACGGCGGCGGCUGCAUGCAGCGGCGUCGGCCCGGUGCGGCGGCGACGGCGGCUGGAGGAGAAGGAGGUGGCGCGACUGCAGAAGGGAGUACAGCGGCAAGGGGGAUGAGCGGCGGCGGCAUUUACUAGCAGCAGCGGCUGGAGGAGAGGGAGGUGACGCGGGUGUAGGAGGGAUUACAACGUCCGUGGGUGUUACCGUGGCCACCCUAACAACAAGCGGAGCAGCGGGAAAUGGGCACGCGGGUGCCUCGCUCCCCGCUUCCUCGUUUCAGGUGGCCGGCUUCCUCGUUUCAGCUGUGAAGCUGCUCUCUGCUGGACCUCUUCAGCUCUUCUCUGCUGGACAAACCAUCUGGUUUGAUGACCCACUACGGUUGCCAUACAACAUGGGAUACUUCAAACUCAAAGUGCUGCUCCUCUUGAUUCUUGCACCGAUGAUGGCAUAUUGCACCCAGUCCCACUGCCCCUCCUCCAUGUACGAUGCUCUUGUUUAGUGGGACGCUAUGCAGUUUUUUGGUGAAUGGUGCCGCUGCUGCAGCUCAUUGGUUCUAGCCCGACAUUCAGCUCUGAAUGGACGUGUGUCAGGGACAGGAUGAUCACCAUCCAGGUUUUGACACGGUAUUUUCUCUUUCUAAUCUACUAUAGAGAUUAUUAGCAGCCGCAUGUGGAAAGGUUUGGCAAUUCAAAGUACUUCAAGAAACUGUUAUCAUUGAAGCCUGCUUGGAAAUUAUAUAGAAGUGUAAUUUGUAGUGGAGUUAUCAGUUCUCCGUUGAUAAAUGUACAAUGUGAAGGCAAAUAAUCUUUUUGUAUGUUUAUGUUACAUUACAGCUAUCAAAACGCAUGCAGAUGUUGCAUCUCUCUCUCUCUCUCUCUCUCUCUCUCUCUCUCUCACACACACACACACACACACACGUGCGUGCGUGCGUGCGCGUGCACACACAAACACAUACGCACGCGAUCAGGCAAUGGAGGGCCCUGGCUCCGAUUGCAAUAUUUCAUAUUUGUUUUGCUUUUAUAAGUGGUGGAUGCAUAGCCUAAAUUAAGGGCCAACCUUUAGGCAGGAAAGUGGGACAAUCUUCGGUAACAUCACCACGCUUCUUAUCAUACCCACUCGCGGUGGAGCCGCCAGCCUGGCCGAGUCGCUGUUGAUCAGCGCCAACUCCAUGAGGGAAAAAUAUGGUACUGAUUUCUUAGGUUGUUAGGUUCUGUGUUCUCCUAGGAUUUAAGAUGGUGAAGUUACUGUGACUGUAAUCGAAUAUCCAUUUCAAUAAGAACUUCAGUGCUUGAGUUUUUCUGUUUCUUUGCUUGUUUCUAUAAGAACUCCAGUGCUUGAGUUUGGACCUCAUGUCCCCGUCAGAUUUCAUUUUGCUCGAAUUAUUCAAUCAGAACUUGUGGUAUUCUACAUUUUAUUGGAUCUCAAUCUUCCUUAAAUGGCAUCCGAUUCUUCACAAGCUGAUGAAAUAUUUAUUUCUCGCGGGUAUUCAUUGGCCAAUUUCUCAGAUUAGGAAUUGAGAUAAACAUCAAUUUGGCUCAAGGUAAUACACCCUACUUUGCAUAAUAAAUCAUAUUUGGCUAUUUUGAAUGCAGCCGGGAUGCUGAAAAGUUUGUUGAAGUUCUUCUAGCUUGCUCUCAAAUAUUAGCGGCCACGUGCGCGUGCUGAUGUAGAACCAUCAAAUGUCUCACUUAGAUAUCUUCUGAAAGAUCUUGUGUUGAUAAUCUUUGAGCAAAGAAGUGUGUAACUGCAUCAAACUGCUAUUUUGAUGCAAUACUAUGUCUGAUAAUAGCUUAUCUUCUAGCAUUCCCUGUAAAUUUUGUGCUGACCAAUAUUUUACUAAACUAAUUUGUACAAUUCAAUACAGACUUGCUAAGGGUCCUCUAGCUUGGGGAGGCUAAUAUCCCAUUUUGUCAAGAUUGUUAGACUUCUUGUAUUAAAUUUUAUGUUACUUUUGUACUGAGAUUUCCAGCAAGUGCUAGCAGAAGCGUGGUUUUGCCACAGCCUGGGGAUCCAAGGAGAAGGGCCAUCCUAUACUCCGCCUCGAUGCGCAGGUUCUGCCAUGGCACCUUCGUCGUCGACUGCUGCAUGCUGAACCUGUCCAUCCUGCAGUGCUGGUGUUGGAGCAGGCGGAGGUUGUCCUCGUGGUUGUCAACGAUGAGGAUGUGCACCAGCUCCCGUCGAUCCGCGACCCACAGCCGACGCAGGUCAACUGGCUCCAGCGGACGAACGUCGUUGACAUUCCCAUUGGUAUGCAGAGGGGAGCAAGAUGCGGGGCCUGUCCACGGCAGCCGCUCGAUGGCCGCACAUCUAGCUCGUCACAGGGUGAGCUG